CCGCCGCUGGGGCUGGAGCCGCACCUGGGGCAGAGCGCGGGGGUGCAGGGCCCGCCCGGACACCUGCUGGACCCCGAGGGGGGCGUCCCGGCCGUGCCCCCCGAAGCCAAGGACCAGUUUUCGGAAGGGGGCAGCCCGGCGGGGGGCAAGGGGCGCUUCGUGCCCCUCACCUCCAUCUGCUUCCCGGACGCGCUGCUGCAGGACGAGGACCGCGGCUUCUUCCCCGGCAUGGAGGACAUGUUCGGCCCCCCGCCCGAGGAUUUCCCCAAGCCCGCCGAGGAGGAGGAGGAGGACGGCAGCGCCGCCGGCAGCGGGCUGGAAGCGCGGGCCGAGGGCUUGAAACCCCCUCCUCCGUACGACAUGGGGCAGAGCUACCCCUCGUUCUGCCCGCAGGACGGCGGGGCCGCGGGGGACGCCCCCCAAAUGGGGCUGGAGCCCCCCAAGCACGAGCUGCCCUCCACGGUGAACGCGGAGCCGCUGGGGCUGAUC